UAAAAAAUACUUGUACUAAUGUAGUGGUGUCCGACUAUCAAUACUCACUCGAGAGCAAGAUCCCCAUAUCAAUAAUCAAUAUCAUUAUCAUAUGAUAAACGCUGCUAAAAUGCGUGCGUGACGUACGUUCAACACAACGAAGCUUCCAUUUCCAUUGAGAUCUCCCAUCUCUUUCGCUCCUCAAUUUCAGAUCUCUAAUUCUCAAUUACACUCUCAAAUUUCUUCAUUUCUUCGCAUUUUUUGCGGAAUUAUUUUCAUCGGAAAACACCAUGAUUUCUUCUAGCAAGCUUAAAUCCGUCGAUUUUUAUCGAAAAAUUCCUAGAGAUUUAACAGAGGCAUCAUUGUCAGGUGCAGGAUUGUCCAUCGUAGCUGCCCUUGCCAUUAUAUUUUUAUUUGGUAUGGAGCUAAAUAGUUAUUUGUCCUUGAGCACUUCAACAUCUGUGGUAGUUGAUAAGAGUCCUGAUGGAGAGUUCUUGCGCAUUGAUUUUAAUAUGAGCUUUCCGGCACUCUCUUGUGAAUUUGCAUCAGUGGAUGUGAGCGAUGUCUUGGGAACGAACAGGUUGAACAUAACAAAAACAGUCCGCAAGUUUUCAAUAGAUUCUCAUUUGAGACCGAUUGGGGCCGAGUUCCUAUCUGGACCUACUUCAGGUCUCGUUAAGCAUGAUGAUGAUGGUGAGGAAGACUACGGGGAAGGUUCCCUUAUUUUGAAUGGGCAAAAUUUUGAAAGACUUGCACAAGAGCAUGAUAUAUUAAUUGUCAACUUCUAUGCUCCUUGGUGCUACUGGAGUAAAAGAUUGAAACCUUCAUGGGAAAAGGCAGCAAUGAUCAUGAGAGAGAGACAUGACCCAGAAGCUGAUGGGCGUAUUCUUAUGGGGAAAGUAGACUGCACUGUACAAGUUGAUCUGUGUAGGAGGCACCAUGUGCAAGGCUAUCCAUCUAUCAGAGUUUUCCGUAAAGGAAGUGAUGUGAAGAGUGACCAUGGACAUCAUGAACAUGAAUCUUACUAUGGAGACCGUGACACUGAUACUCUAGUUAAGUUUAUGGAAUCUUUGGUUUCAUCAAUUCCAUUGGGGAACCAAACCCUGGCCCUGGAAGAUAAGUCUGGCAAUAAAACUCAGAAUAUAAAGAGGCCAGCCCCAUCGUCAGGUGGCUGUAGAAUUGAAGGAUUUGUCCGUGUUAAGAAGGUUCCUGGCAACUUGAUUGUCUCUGCUCAUUCUGGAUCACAUUCAUUUGAUGCAUCUAAGAUGAACAUGUCUCAUGUCAUUACCCAUCUUUCAUUUGGUAAGAGAAUUUCGCCCAGGGUAAUGAGUGAUGUCAAGAGGAUCAUACCUUAUCUUGGUGCAAGCCAUGAUCGAUUAAGUGGUCGUUCUUAUGUCACCCAAGAUUUGGCCGCAGAAGCGAAUGUUACAAUUGAACAUUAUCUUCAAGUGGUAAAAACUGAAGUGAGAUCAUCGAAUGAACAUACAUUGGUGGAGGAGUACGAAUAUACUGCACACAGUAGUUUGAUUCAGAGUCAUGACAUACCGGUCACCAAAUUUCACUUUGAGCUCUCUCCUAUGCAGGUGCUGAUAACAGAAAAUCCCAGGUCUUUUUCGCACUUCCUUACUAGCAUUUGUGCUAUUAUUGGGGGUGUUUUCACGGUUGCCGGGAUCUUGGACUCAAUUUUACAUAACACAAUGCGGAUGAUGAAGAAAGUUGAGUUAGGCAAAAACUAUUGACAGAAAAGCGAGAUUUUCCCUCUUUUUUCUCCUUUUGAGGGAGUAGGCUCUUUUAGUAUUGCGUUGCAGGUGCACACUUUUUCUCAUGUCAAGGUAUAUGGAAUCUAGCUUUAGAAAUUUCAAUUGUGUAGUAGGCUGCGGACAUUGUGUAUAGGAAAAAUGAUUGGCAGAUAUCUAGACCAUCUCCCUUUUUAUUUUUUUUUCGAGAUAUGAUAUGAUUCCGAUGACAGUAGCUUCAGUAAAACUUCAAUUUGUGAAUUAUUCAGAUUUAAGCUCAUCAAUAAUGGAAACUAAAAAACAAUAAUGUA